UAUAUUUGAUAUAAACAGAAUUUAAACCAUAGAUAGACUAAAAGAAAUUCAAACAGGGAAAUCUGUAUCUGUCAGAGCUGUCUGUCCACUUAAUAUUUUAUUGAUUGCAUGUGUGGGCGGUUCUAUGAAGCUAUGCUGAUCGGAAUCGGGAUCCAAUUGGCUGAGUUGCUGCAGCAGUAUCCAAUCACAGCAAAAGGGUGGAGCAAAGAAAUGACUCCACAGGUGAAAACUUCCUGAGCUAGACAACCGACCUGUUGCGCUAAAUUUUUAUCUGGAUCUUUAGUUGUCAAUUUGAGCGCCAACAUUAUGAAGAAGGUGGUUUUGGUGACUGGAGCAAAUAGUGGUAUCGGCCUGGCGCUGUGCGAGCGUCUCCUCUCGCAGGACACAGAGGGCGUGCAGCUGUGUCUCGCCUGCAGGAACAUGAGAAGGGCUCAGGCUGCUCGCGCUGCUCUCCUUGCCGCUCACCCCACAGCUCAGGUGGACCUGCUGCAGAUGGACACGAGCAGCAUCUCCUCCAUCAUUAGUGCUGCUCAGGAGGUCAAAGUCAGGUAUGACCAACUGGACUACCUCUACCUGAAUGCAGGCAUCAUGCCAAACCCCCAGUUUGAUGUAAAGUCAUUUUUUAAAGGCCUCUUCUCCAGCAAAGUCAUCAAUAUGUUUGCCACUGGCGAGGGGAUUCUUACCCAGACGGACUGUGUCACCCCUGAUGGCCUGCAAGAAGUUUUUGCAACCAACCUCUUUGGUCACUUCCUUCUAGUCAGAGAGCUGGAGCCAGUCCUUUGCCAUGCAGGUCAGACAUCACAGCUGGUUUGGACCUCGUCUAGUAAUGCUCACCACUCAGCGUUUAAUCUGGAAGACAUACAGCACCAGAUAGGCUCUCAGCCCUACAGCUCCUCCAAAUAUGCCUCAGACCUGCUCAGCCUGGCUCUCAACAUGCACUACAACAAACAGGGUUUGUACUCUUCUGUCAUUUGUCCUGGUUUUGUGAUGACAAAUCUGACGUAUGGCAUCCUGCCCUCCUUCCUCUGGAUGCUGCUCAUGCCUAUCUUUUGGCUAAUAAGAAUAUUCACAAACACUUUCACGCUGACACCUUAUAAUGGAGCGGAAGCCCUGCUUUGGCUAUUUAAGCAAAAGCCUGAAUCACUGGACCCAUAUGCUAAGUACCACAGCUUAACAUCUGGGUUUGGAAUCAACUAUACACAACCACGUAAGAUGGAUAUUGAUUUGGAGUCCUCUGAGUCGUUGUAUGAGAAAUUAUUGCAGCUGGAAAGGGAUGUGAAGAGCAAACUGUAGGAGACAUAAAGGGAAACCCAUUUCACAGAAGACCUGCUAGAUCUGAAUAAUCUUACACAUAUAAUGCAAGAUGGAAAGCCUUUUAUUUCUUUCUCUAAAGUCACAUCAUGCAAAGGAUUUGGCUGUCAGACCUCUCAAGAAAUAUUAUUCCUCUGCCUUACACAGCAUUAUGCAUGUCUUAAUUAAGAGCAAGGUCAGAUUACAGUUAUUCUGAAUAUUUAUUGCAUGAUUUGCAGUUUCUCUGUCAGAAGGUUAUAAUACAAUCAACUGUAUUAUGCAUGUUGUGUUACUUUGGAAGAACUUUGCAAUAAAUAUUAGCUAUGUCUAUUCCAAUAGUCUCAGGUCAGUGUCUUUCCAAAUGACAAUGUUAAAACUGCAGCUUUGCGUUUAUGUGUAAAUUCCCCUGCAUCGCCGUCCUUACAGUUUAUACGGUCCCGGUGGGGGGU